CCGGCGUCAGGAGUGGCGCCCCAGAAACCUGCCCGGGCACGCCGUCUCCCCGGAGCAGCCGGAGACCGGAGGACCGUGGGCUCCCUCCGGCGCAGUUCGUUUGCUUUAACCAGCUUUGUGCGCCCGGUGUCUGGAUGUCUCAUCCCGGCUGCCCAGAAUUUUGAAGCCUGGGAAAUAGCAACUGUGCUUUUUUCCUAGAGGAUCUGCCCCCCAACCCGGCGUUGCAAAUCACAAUGAAGAAUCAAGACAAAAAGAACGGGGCCGCCAGGCAGUCCCACCCAAAAGGCAGCCCAGGGCAACCGGAAGCAGGAACAGAGGGAGCGCAGAGGCAGCCCAGCCAGUCGGCUCCUGCGACAGAAGCUGAAGAUUCCAGCAGCCAGGCUCCUGGGAAGACGGAGGGGGCUCAGGCCAAAACUGCUCAGUCUGGGGCCCUCCAAGAUGUCUCUGAGGAACUGAGCCGCCAGUUGGAAGACAUACUGAGUACAUACUGUGUGGACAGCACUCAGGGUGGCCCGGGCGAGGAUGGGGCACAAGGCGAGCCCACUGAAGCCGAAGAUGCAGAGAAGUCCCGCACCUAUGCAGCAAGGAAUGGAGAGCCUGAGCCAGUGACCCCAGUGGUUAAUGGUGAGAAGGAGCCGUCCAAGGCGGGGCCAGGCACCGAAGAGACUCGGGCGAACGAUGAGGUCGGAGACCGAGACCACCGAAGGCCACAGGAGAAAAAGAAAGCCAAGGGUCUGGGGAAGGAGAUCACUUUGUUGAUGCAAACGUUGAACACGCUGAGUACCCCAGAGGAGAAGCUGGCAGCCCUGUGCAAGAAGUAUGCCGAACUGCUGGAGGAGCACCGGAACGCGCAGAAGCAGAUGAAGCUCCUGCAGAAGAAGCAGAGCCAGCUGGCGCAGGAGAAGGACCACCUGCGGGGCGAGCACAGCAAGGCCGUCCUGGCCCGCAGCAAGCUCGAGAGCCUGUGCCGAGAGCUACAGCGCCACAACCGCUCCCUCAAGGAAGAAGGCAUGCAGCGGGCCCGGGAGGAGGAGGAGAAGCGCAAGGAGGUGACCUCGCACUUCCAGGUGACGCUGAGCGACAUCCAGCUGCAGAUGGAGCAGCACAACGAGCGGAACUCCAAGCUGCGCCAGGAGAACGUGGAGCUGGCCGAGAGGCUCAAGAAGCUGAUCGAGCAGUACGAGCUACGGGAGGAGCGGAUCGACAAAGUCUUCAAACACAAGGACCUGCAGCAGCAGCUGGUGGAUGCCAAGCUCCAGCAGGCUCAGGAGAUGCUGAAAGAGGCAGAGGAGCGGCACCAGCGGGAGAAGGAUUUUCUCCUCAAGGAGGCUGUGGAGUCCCAGAGGAUGUGCGAGCUGAUGAAGCAGCAGGAGACCCACCUGAAGCAGCAGCUCGCCCUGUACACAGAGAAGUUUGAGGAGUUCCAAAAAAGCAGUGAGGUAUUCACCACGUUCAAACAGGAGAUGGAAAAGAUGACUAAGAAGAUCAAGAAGCUGGAGAAGGAGACGACCAUGUACCGGUCCCGGUGGGAGAGCAGCAACAAGGCCCUGCUCGAGAUGGCCGAGGAGAAAACGCUCCGGGACAAAGAGCUGGAGGGCCUGCAGGUGAAGAUCCAGAGGCUGGAGAAGCUGUGCCGAGCACUGCAGACGGAGCGCAACGACCUGAACAAGAGGGUGCAGGACCUGUGCGCUGGCAGCCAGAGCCCCCUCACUGUCACUGAUAGCCUUGAGCGGAGGCCAGAGGCUGCCACUGCCUCCCAAGAGCAGGGUGCUGGAGGGCGCAGGGUUCCAGCCCGUAGCCCUCCGAGGGCCACAGAAGCUCCUUGCUGCCCAGGAACACCAAGCACAGAAGUACCAGGCCAAGCAGGGCCCCAGGAACCCACCCCUGCCAGCGCUUAGGGAGCCCAUGUUUGGGGCAUGCUGGGGAGGGGGCAGCAACCCGGCCAGGCCUGACCCUCCGCGGGCUCCCAUGCUCAGCAGUCCAGCCGAGGCAGGCCAUGUGACUCAGCUGGCAUCGGACACUUGGCUGUUUUGGAUUCCAUGGGUCAGUCUUACAUACGUGGGACACGCGUGCAAGGCCCCGUAUGUUUGUAUCUGAGUGCGGUGGGCUCAUGGAGGUACAGCUGAAGCCAGCGCCCUCUCUGUGAGUGGAAGUCUCAAAGAAGACCUAUCACCUGUAGCUCUGGCACAGUAAGCAGGCAGGGAGGGCACUGGGUCCUCCCUGCCUGCCUGGGGCCCAGGCCCCACCCAGACCUGCCCCACGGUCGCCACAGGCACUGGGAGCAGCCAAGGCUCGCCGGCUCCCUUGAAGGCUCUGCUGCUUUUGACCUAGAAAAGGUGGCCCCAGAUAGAGCCUCGGCAGGGCACUUGGGGCUGGCAAUCAGAAAGCUUCCCUGCCCGGACAGGAACCAGGACCUGGAGAGUGUGGCGGUGAUGCACUGGUCAGGAGCCCGCGGCCCAGGCCCCCUGCCCUUUGGCAGUGCCAGGCCCAGGCCAGCGGUGCUUCCCAGGAGCCUUAGCAUUCACAGGUGCCUCGAGCCUGCAUAGACACUGACCUGGAAUCACCCUGGCUUCUUCCUGAAUGAUCGCAGGCAUUUUUGUUUUUGUUUUCUUUCUUACUUGGCAGUGUUUGUGUUGAGGAUCUGAGGGAGGAAGAGGCGUGCUGUAACGGGGGCACGUGCUGGCCCUCUUCCACACUGGUGCCGAGGUUUCUGGUUUGGUGAUGUUGGCUUGCAGUAAGAGGAAGGGCUCUGAUGGCUCAGCCACACGCUUCCCCGUGGCUCCACUCCUGGGAGGCCACCAGGACUCCAUGGCCCGGUGUCUGCACAGCAGCUGCUGGGCCCCAGGCCUGGUUGGGCUCUGGGCCCUGAGUCUGUUUCUACUCUGUCCCCAGCCCGUCCCUCUCCACCCCCUUAAUGUACAGUCCCUUGGGAUUUGUCCUAAUUCCAUUUCCUGGCCCCUGUUGGCCCGAGGAAUAGGAAUCCUCCUUGGGAGCCCCCCGCCGCUGUCUGUAGGUGAGUGAUGAAGCAGGAGCCAAGCCCCGGGAACCCACAGUGGCCGCAAUGGCCAUGGUAAGGCCCCAGGACCCCCCAUGCUGCAUCCUGCAUGCACCCUGGGACCAGCCACUGGUGGUUGCAGCUGUGCCAGCAUAGUGCCCCGUCUUGGUCCAGCAUGGCGUUUUGGGACAGGAGUGAGUCUUGGAUCCCGAAGCAGGGCUCUGCAGGGCCCUAGGCACUGCAGCCAGAUCUGUCCUGAGCUCAGCUUCCAUGUAGUGUGGGAGAGGGGCCCCGGUGGGUAGGAAGUCCUGCCUCUUGCUGUGUUUCUUUGAAACUGGUUCACCAUCCUGCAGGCCCCUUCACCUCUCCUCGCCAGCCCUUCACUCACACCCCACGCAUAGGCUCAUGAAGGUCAGAUUCCGAAAAGCACGUAGCGAUGGAGACCGCAGAGGCCUCCUGAAUGGCGGGUCUCCAUGAUCGGCCUGCCCUGCCCUCCCCGGGCGCCUUUGCUCCGCAGCACUGCCGACCCUGGCUGCUGUCCUGUGGGGCUCUUCAUGAGACCUUGUUCUUUCCUCGCAGAUCCUUGGGUUUGGAAUGGCCACUCCCACACCCUCUAUGCCAGGCUGAGGGACAAGAGGUGUCAGCCCUUCGGAGGGUUCUUGGCCAUGGGCACACAGGGAGGAGGCUAAGCUGGCUGGCUGCCUCUCCUAGAGGGGCAAGCCUCCAUGGCCCAUGUAGUCGCCUGCCCCACUUCAGCUACCUCUUACCGAGCCAUGGCCGGUCUGGGCUGUGAGGCCCUGCUGUGGUGGGCACGGUGGCGGUGGGCUCACAGCCCCCACCGGGCUUCCCUGGGAGAAUUAUGUGGAUCCGGGUGGGGAGCUCCAGCCAACUGUAGGUGGGGACCCGUCCCCUUCCUCUCCAUUGACCAAAUUUCCCAGUCACUGCGCUGCUUGCUCCGCUUUCCAAAGCCAGCCUGGUCCCGGGCUGGGGGCAGUGGAGGUGACCCACCCGCCAUGCAGGCAGGCCUGUGCAUGUGACCUCAGUUUCAGGACCAAGACCGCUGGCCUGCCUUCCAGGGACCACGGCUUUGCUCCCCAAAACCCCACACCCUGAGAGGUGUCGGCGGCACUUUGACUUGUUUCCCAUGAGGUGUUGAACCGUGGGCUGAGCUGGGGCACCUACGUGAGAACGUUCCUGUAAGGACAGCCGGCCUGCCCCGCCCGGGCGCUGUGGAGCUGGCCUGGCGUGCAGCUCGGAGUGCUAGCCCCGGGGUCGGCCAGUGCCUGCCUUGGCGGGGCUGCCCUCUCCUGCACCUGCUGGACGGCCCGGCCUGGCCCGGCCCUGGUCACCCCACAGGCUCUUCCCAAGCUGGGCUUGCAGCUCUUGUCUCCGUUUGGUUGUCACAGCAGCCAGGGGCUGGCUUCUGGGGUCUUUUAAACCACAUUAAAUAAAGAGUCUGUUGCCUUA